AUGAUAAAAAUAGAAGAUAUGCUUAGAGUUAUUUAUGCAAAUGAUGAUAUUAUUCAAGAAUUAAAACUUAUUCCAAUUAAUUGUAGAAAGUCUACAAGUUGGAGGGUUUUAAAAAGUGUAAAUUCAAAAAAAGGGCCUAAUAUUGAAAUUAUGAAAAUGGAGGAUUUACUGAGAAAUGCUUACAUAAAUAAUGGUAUUAUUAUUCGCGAAUUAGAUUUUCAUUUAAAUAGUUCUGGAAAAUAUAAAGAGAAAUUUUUAAGUAUUAUAAAAAAAUUUAAAAAAGUAAACACGUCAACAAAAUUCAAAGGAAUUUCCGUGAAAGAAUUGUCUCAACUUCCAAAAGAAAAUAAACACAGAAACUCUCUUUUACCUUUAAAAAAAGAGAGAAACAUUUCUAAAAAUACAAAAUCAAUUUCGGAGCAAGGCAAAAGUAUCACUAAUGUGGUUGCAUAUUCACCACCUUCAGUCUUUAAGCACGACAGAAGAACCACCGCUAUUAAUACGUGCUCUCUUUCAAUCUUGGAACGGGACGAAAGUAAAAUUACUGCAUAUCCUUUACCUUCGAAGCAGAAAGAAAACAGCAUCGUUGACGAUGCAUUAAUAUUGAGGCAGAGCGGAUAUAUCUCGCAAGAUCAAAAUAGCAUUCCUGUUGUGCAAAUAGAAACUAGUGUACAUUUGCAAAUGCAAAUUAAACGUAAUUCGGCAAAUUUGACUACUAAAAUUUAUUGCAUAUCUAGUUAUCAUUAA